AUGAAUGCGCGCGCACAGACGCAGGCCAACACCUACACCAUGCCACCGCACAACGUAACUUCCCAGCCACAGACCGACCCGAACAUUCAGCCUGGCCUCGACUCGAAACCCUACUCACAAGCCCAACAAGGUCAGCAACAAGACGCGCAAGACCCAUUUGGCUCCCAUCAGACGAACGACGCUGCCAACGGCCUAUAUAUGCUGGCGCAAGCUGGUGGUCAGCGUGGUGCACAGCAGGGUUUCGGUGCUCAACAGCAGCAGCAGCAGCAGCAGCAACAUCAACAGCCGCAGCAAGGCUACUCACAGCCUAUGCAGCAAGAGGCGAACGGUCAUCAACGUGCGAACAAAGGCAGCAUCGUUAGUACCAUGUCGGGUAGCACGGAGAAUGGCAACGCAGAGUACUCUGAGGAUGGUGCUGACAUGAAGCCUCAGUCACGAGGAGGUCGUGGCAAGAAGGGGUCCGCAGGCAAAGCUGCCAAUGGCAAGAGGAAGCAGGAUGAGACACCAAGCAAGGGCGCUGUGAAGAAGCAGCGUGGCGCCAACAGUCAAGCUAUGCAGAUGGACGACAUGGAUGACGACGACGACAUGGACGAGUCCAUGAUGCUAGACGAGCAUCCCGAUGGCAAGAAAAUGACUGAUGAAGAGAAGCGCAAGAACUUCCUCGAGCGGAACAGAAUCGCCGCCUUGAAGUGCCGUCAGCGCAAGAAGCAAUGGCUACAGAACCUGCAACAGAAGGUCGAGAUAUUCAGUACCGAGAACGAUGCGCUCGCUGCCACCGUCACUCAACUCCGAGAGGAGAUCGUUGGCCUCAAGACCUUACUCCUGGCGCAUAAGGACUGCCCGGUGUCGCAAGCUCAAGGCAUCUCUGGCAUGGCGAUGCAGCAGAUCGCUGGCGAUACACAGCACUACGCCAACCCCUACGGCAUGGCGAUGGGUCCUGGUGGCCACCCACAGCAAGGACAGAUGGGCGGUGCUGUGCAGAGAGGGUGA